AUGUCUAAUAUUACUCUACACGAAGAAUUAUAUGAUGCUCAAUUUGAUUUGAGAGAAGAAAGAAGAAUUCGUCAAAAUCAACAAGAAGAAAUUCAACAAUUAAAUAAACAAAUUAAAGAAAUUGAAGAAGUUUUUAUUGAAUCCAUUAAACAAAAGGAUAUUAUUAUACAAGAUACUGUUAACCAAUAUGAAAAAAUUAGUCAAAAUACUAUUAGUCAGUAUAAAGAUAGAUUGAAUUUUUUUGCUAAUUUUUUCGAACAAAGUUUUAAUUAUACAAAUGAUUAUUAUUAUAUGAAUUUUCUUCCAUAUAAUGAAGUAGUUAAUGAUAAAUUUAUUUUUCAAACUGAUGUUCUUAAUGUUAUUAAUGAUAUUAAUAAUUCUGUUAAUAAUAAUAGUAAUAGAUUUAGUGAAUGCGAUUCUAAUGAUAGUGGUUAUAAUAGUUAUGAUGAAUAUGAAGAAUUAAUGCAAGAUAUUCAUGAAGUUACUAGUGAAGAUAGUUUUUAA